AUGACGAUGCAUCGGCGACGUAAAACUGAAAGAGAUUUAUCACUCAAUGGCAUGUCAAACAAGGCUUACUCUAGUGCAAGUAAUGAUGAAAGUGUUGAAGAAGAUAUCGAUGAAAAAGUACUUGAAGACUUGAAAAGGAAAGAGCCAGAUAUCAAAUUGAGUGAAAGUAGUGAUACUUCUUCUCAUCCUAAGAGUAAUAAUGUUGUUACUGUUAUUGAAAAUAAAGGUGGUUUAUGGACAAGAAUUCAAAAUUUCUUUAAAAAUUAUCGAUGGCGUAUGAGACACUAUUUUUAUAUUCAUGUGUUCAUCUUUAUUUUAUGGGGACUACUAGGUGGAGUAAUUAUUUAUUUAAUUGAAUUAAAAAAUAAACUAAUCACUGUACAUUAUGUUGACGCUUGGUUUUUUUGUAGUACAUGUGUAUAUAAUUGUGGUCUAAUAACGUUAGAUUUUGCCAAGUUAUCACGUGCAUCACAAAUAUUUUUAAUGUUUGUCACAUUUUUUAGUGGUAUUACAAUUAGUACAUUGCCUGCUUUGGUUAUAAAAGCUCGAACUCAUAAGAAAGUAGAAGGUAUCACUGUUGAUGAUGAUCACGGAGAUGAGGAAGAUAGCUCAUUGCCCGUAACAAAUUUAAACAGUAAGAAUCUAUCUCCAAAUGUUAUUAAAAAAUUAAAAAUGUUACCUACAGCAGAACAGUUACGUUAUCGAGCCUAUAUGUUAACGAUAUUUCUUGUAUUAACUACAUGUUUUAUAAUUUAUGGAAUAGCGUUUGUUGUUAUCGGUGCAUGGAUAACUAAUAAAUAUGAACCUCAAUAUCUAUUACAAGAUGGAAGUUCGAUUAAUGGUUAUUAUGCUUCAUUUAUAAUUAUCAUUACCGGUUUCAAUCAAAACGGUUUAUCACCAUGGUCGGACAGUUUAGCACGUUUUGUUAAAGAUAUUUAUAUGAAUUUAUUCGUCAUACUUGUUGUGAUGUUUGGUACAUCAUUGUUUCCAUUUUUACUUCGAAAUGUUGUUUUAUUUUCAAAAUUUAUUGUUCCAUGGCGUCAUAAAGUUAUUUUUGAUUAUAUUUUAUUAAAUAAUCAUCGACUCUCAACAUUAUUAUUCCCCUCUGUACAAACACGUAUUUAUCUAUCGAUUACAAUUCUUUUGUAUAUAGCUGGCGUUAGUAUAUCACUUAUCUUAGAUUUACAUAGCGAAAAUUUUGCUCAAUAUGCAUCGGGUACACGAUUUAUUAUUUUCUUGUUUCAAACAAUUAUGACAAGAUUUGCUGGUUUUACAACAAUUGAUAUUAGUCAAUUGGCUUCAGCAACGUUAAUUGUCUAUUUACUACUAAUGGCUAUUAAACCUCAAAUGUUAUGCGCAAUAGAUGAAACACCAUUUGAACUAGAAUGGAUAGCAUUAACAACACAAGAUGAAGUUGACGAAGUGCUUCAACCAUUAGUAACAGAUGAAUUGAGUAAUAAACGACGUUCAUCAGCAAGUAUUAUGUUUCCCGUACGUCAAAUGAACAGAUUUUUAAGAAAAAAAAGUGUUCAAACAAGAGCAAUGGCUAAAAGUCAUUUUGCUCAACUGAAACGUCAGAAACGAAAAAUUAAUAGUCGAACAUUGAGUCGAAUUAGUUUCUACUCUGAUCUGGUUAAUGAUAGUCAACCAUCACCAGUUCGUCUUUCAUGGAUUCGAACAAGACUAUUUUUAAUAUUUUUUACACGUAAAAUAGUUACAUAUGGAUUUAAUUUUUUCAUCGUGACAAGAACUUGGUUAUUUGUCUUUAUAUUUCUAAUUUGUUGUUUCGAAUCACAUCAUAUGAGUCCAAUUGACGUUAACAUUACUGUUUUCAAAGUUAUUUUUGAGGUGAUAAGUGCAUUUGGUGCAUGUGGAUUAACUCUCGGUUAUCCGAAUAUCAGCUCAAGUUUCUGUACAGUGCUAACUGUGCCCAGUAAAAUAAUCUUAAUAACUACCAUGUUGAUGGGUCGACAUCGUGGACUUUUAGAUUCAAUGAAAGAUCAAGAAAAAAUUGAAUAUAAUGCGUCUACAUUACUUGACCAAUGGAGGAAAAAAGCAAUGGAAGAACAAGAGAAAAGUAAUGAUAAUACGAAUGAUUUAGACGAUGUUGUGAUACAUCCCGCAACUCAAAUGAUUAUCACGCGAUUUUGA